GAUGAAACAUGAGACAGGGCGAAACUCGUGAGAGCCCUUUCUCCGGGGACAGUUGCUGAAGCUUCACCCUUUGCUCUCAUUCUGUAAGUCAUAGAAAAGUUUGAAACAUUCUGUCUCCGGUAGAGCUCAGGCCGGCUGUAGUUCAUUCGCCAGUGUGCUUUUCUUAAUAUCUAAGGGACAGGUAUUCACCAUGUUGGUUAGGCUGGUCAUGAAUUCCCUACCUCAAGCAAUCCGCCUGCCUCUGCCUCCCAAAAUGCUGGGAUUAUAGGUGUGAGCCACCACGCCCGGCCUAAGAAGGCUUUUAACAUAUUUGUCGCAUUCACUCAUCUAGUCCAGUCCACAUGGUAUCAUGAAGUUAGUGGACAAAUGCUGUUCUGAGAAUGUCCAAAAUGGCCUAGAUCCCUUCUGGGGAUAGGAAUGUGGCAAUCUUAUUUUCAGAAACUAUGAAUAAAUCUUCUACACCAUCUUCCCAAGAGCUUUAGUAAGACCUCAGACUGGAGUAGAGUUGAAGGAGGGAAUGCCAGUCUGAAGAAGGAAAGGAAGAGGAGAGACAGCAAGGAGAACUUCAGUUGUCAAGAUGGUGCGUGAGCAGUACACUACAGCCACAGAAGGCAUCUGCAUAGAGAGGCCAGAGAAUCAGUAUGUCUACAAAAUUGGCAUUUAUGGCUGGAGAAAGCGCUGUCUCUACUUGUUUGUUCUUCUUUUACUCAUCAUCCUCGUUGUGAAUUUAGCUCUUACAAUUUGGAUUCUUAAAGUGAUGUGGUUUUCUCCAGCAGGAAUGGGCCACUUGCGUGUAACAAAAGAUGGACUGCGCUUGGAAGGGGAAUCAGAAUUUUUAUUCCCAUUGUAUGCCAAAGAAAUACACUCCAGAGUGGACUCAUCUCUGCUUCUACAAUCAACCCAGAAUGUGACUGUAAAUGCGCGCAACUCAGAAGGGGAGGUCACAGGCAGGUUAAAAGUCGGUCCCAAAAUGGUAGAAGUCCAGAAUCAACAGUUUCAGAUCAACUCCAACGACGGCAAGCCACUAUUUACUGUAGAUGAGAAGGAAGUUGUGGUUGGUGCAGAUAAACUUCGAGUAACUGGGCCUGAAGGGGCUCUUUUUGAACAUUCAGUGGAGACACCCCUUGUCAGAGCCGACCUGUUUCAAGACCUUAGAUUAGAAUCCCCUACUCGGAGUCUAAGCAUGGAUGCCCCAAGGGGUGUGCAUAUUCAAGCUCACGCUGGGAAAAUUGAGGCGCUUUCUCAAAUGGAUAUUCUUUUUCAUAGUAGUGAUGGAAUGCUUGUGCUUGAUGCUGAAACUGUGUGCUUACCCAAGCUGGUGCAGGGGACGUGGGGUCCCUCUGGCAGCUCACAGAGCCUCUACGAAAUCUGUGUGUGUCCAGAUGGGAAGCUGUACCUGUCUGUGGCCGGUGUGAGCACCACGUGCCAGGAGCACAGCCACAUCUGCCUCUGAGCUGCCUGCGUCCUCUCGGUGAGCUGUGCAGUGCCGGCCCCAGAUCCUCACACCCAGGGAGCAGCUGCACAUCGUGAAAGACUGAGGCAGCGUGGAUGGGAAGUAAACGCUUCCAGAGGAACUCAGAAAAAAUUAUGUGCCAAUGAAAGUGUUUGGACAAAAACUACAUGAUCUCAAAAUGCACGUGGAUGUGAGACACAAAAGUUGACAAAAUGGAAAAGCAAUGUGUUUUUCCACUGGAUUUUCACCAGAACAAUUGCGAAUUAUCUCUGCCUCGCCUCCCCCUAUCUUGUCCGUGUGGGCACACACUGAGUGUUGAGUUGCCGUGUGGAGUUAAUGUAUGACGCUCCACUGUGGCUAUCUAAUGCCCUGUUGAGAGUAGCCUUGCUCAGUACUAAAAUGCCCCAAAGUUCUAUACAGCAUUUCCUUUAUAGCAUUCAAACCUCGCAUCCUCCCUUCAGUUUAAUGCAAGUAAGUCAGGUUUCACAAGAAAAUUUUCAAGUUUUGAAGGGAAUUUGAGGUUGAUCUGGUUUUCAAGAUGUAGUUAAAGGAAUAAAUCACUCAAAAUUAAACUUUCUGUAUAUAGUCAAUAAGCAAUAAAAAUCAACCUCAUUUUUCAGA